AUGAAUGAAACGGUUGUUUUCGACUCGCCAUACGGCUGCCUUAGAUGCUGUUGUCAGGAUUUUUCUUCAAAUGACUUAUCAAGAUUUUUAUAUUAUUUUAUCUUUUUAGGUGAUGUACCAAGUGUGGAGCUAUGGCCAGUCCAGCAGGCUCAGUUCAUCCCCUUGACAGAAGUCUUGUGCCUCCUCAUCUCUGAGAUGAACAGACGGAAGCUGCUAGCAACACAGGACACGGUCAGGAAGAAGCUCUCCGAGUGCUACGACAAGAUGCCUGUCCCAAGUCCAGAGAUCAUCCACAAAUCCCUGACCCAUCUAAUGAAUGAGGGAAAGAUUGUUCACAAUGGCGUUGGUUACCACAUCACCAAAGGUGAUGAGGUACCUCCAGACACCACUGAUGCAGAGAGUGUUGCAACAUUUGCCACGACAAGAACAAAGAAGAAGGAGAAAGACAAGGAGAAAGACAAACCUAAGGAAUACUUGAUCUACAAAGAUGGUGUUCUGACAAGACAUACUUUCCCUGAGGAAGUCAAUGAGAAUUUGGGUAUCAAGGUCAGACCCGAGUCUGGAGCUUCCAGGCCGUUGUCCUAUCCAGCUAACCCAACCCUUGCAAGCAUCCCAGAAGAUCGUACAGCCUUCCAGAGAAGCAUAUCCAUGAGAGAGCGUAGGAGUCCUCAGAAAAAGUCAAAGUUUGAACGCACCAGCUCCAUGCGUCUCCCUAAUGAUAUCUCUUACUAUGACCAAGGUUACCUGACAUCUGAUUCAGAAGCAAAGCCUUCGUGUCUUGGACGUCUCUUGGGUAAGGCAGUCCAGAAGAAGCCCAAGGCAGCUCCCAAUAAUAACAAUCAGCCUAAUCAUCUACUCCAGACCUUUUCAGCUCAGUUUCCACCUUCAGAUAUUCAUGAUCCUUUCUUUAACUACAACCAUUGGAUGAAGAAGACCCCUGAGAAACUCGGUACAAACAGAUCUCAAAAUAAUGGGCCUGAUGGAGAUAAGAUCAAGGAUGAUAAAGAGCGGUCCAAAACGCUUGAAGCAGUACCGACUGCUCCAAAGCAUACUUACAGUCCAAAAUCAAAGAGGAAGAGUUUACCAAAAGACUUGAGUAAUGUAAAAACAGGAUCUCACUAUGCUCUUGACCAUGGACGUCUGACACAAACUGCCAAAGUUCUGCAACAGAAGUAUCAGGAUGGACAAGAGGAAUCUAUGCCUGAAAGUGAGGUGGAGUUUCUCAAGCCAACCAAAAUGUAUGAUGGUAAACAUAGAACUAAAGCUGUAGCAGACCAGAAACCUACAUUUUCGAAGAGCCCACAGAAAAACCCUAAGGACCCAAAGGGUGAUAAGAUAAAUGACUAUUUUAGGUCGAUGGAUAAGGCACGGCCUUUAAACCCUAAGCCAUACCAAGGGCUUACCAGUGAAAGUUCGCUUGCAGGAAGUGAUUCAGAGCUGGAAAUGAAUCCCAGAAAGAAAGCAGCAGCAGUGGAAAAGCGGCUGUUGAAGCAGAGACAUGCUGAUCUCUUGAGAGAGAGAAGACAAGGACGAUUAUUUGCAAGUCAAAGAGCAGAUGCUCCUGGUUCUACUUCAAAUCUUGGUGGACAGCAACCAAGAGAGGAAAUGCCUUCUCGCUUGCAAGGCAACGGACGAUCUGCGGUGGAGGAGUAUGAAAAACGUAAGGGUUACGGGACAAGGAGAUGCUCGUCUGAAGAGGAUGUCAGUGAUUUGCCUCGGUUACUUCCAGAAGAUUCUGACAGACAGCUUGUUGCACAGAGUCGGAAGAUAUGUCUUGCCUUCCAGGAUAGUGGACAGAUGGUGGUGAAGACUUCCACACCUCACUCCACCAACAACCAGGCAGUAGAGAACAGAGAGGGGAACAACCGACAUCAAGAACCAGAGAGACCUAGGGAUGCUUCAAACCUGGACAAGGUUGUCAUGAGGAAACAUGAUCUCAUUAAGAAGAGGCCUCACUCAAGUCAUGAAACCUUCUAUAAAGAUGAAGAAAUUGACAAGUUAUUAGAAGAGGAACUUCAAAAUGAGAAACUGAAUCAUAAUAUGAGGUAUAAGAAUGAAAUCCCCGAGAAGGAUAAGAACAGUAAUUCCCGCUUACAGGGCUAUCCAGAGAUCUUGGACCAUUGCCAUAGACCGGGAAAUGAUGAGCUGAACCGAAGCUUAGAUCGCGAGUCUUUCACAUCAACCAGUACAGUUGAGUACAACAGCCAAGGUGAUCCUCCAGCCAUCAUAGGUCACACUGUCAGCCCUGAUGCUAGUACCAUUAAUGGAAGUUACGCCUCACUAGCCAACGGCCAGCGCCCUCUACAUCAUAGAAUGGAAAGUCUAUCCAGUUCAACGGGUGACAGUGGCUUCAACUCUCCGAGGUCUUCCGUCAACAAUGGAUUCAACUCCAACGGCUUCCCCUCCAAGCAGACCUCUCCUGAAGGUCUUACAGUGAGGUCCAAUUCUGGCAGCAGUAGCAGCAUUCCAGUCCUGGUGAGACCAAUCCCAAGAAGAGCCUACAGCAACACCACAGCCGUGGCCAAGGUUAUGCCAACGGAUUCUCACCUUGUUCAGAAGAGACGUCCAAUGUCUAGUACAAGUGACCAGUCCAGUAGCUCGGACCUUACAGUCAAGUGCAUGAAGGAUAGGAGACGGAGCGGUAGUGACCGUGAUGGAAAUUCCUCAUCCUCAGAAAAGUCAAGUCACAGUUCAAGAAGCCAGCAGAGACUCACAAGGGUCAAAAGUUUUGAGGUUAUUGGAACAGUUUAGAGUUUAUCACAAUGAAAACCAAAAAGUAUUGACAUAAUCAUAAUUCUUUUAAUCAGGAGAGAUAUUUCUAGUUCCCUUGACCAAAGGUGUUGCAUAAUACUAUUCCCUGUUUCUUUAAUCUAUAAAGUGUCUUUUAUUUUCCUUCCUCUCUCUCUAAUUCCUCACAAAUUUUAGUCUUUUACUUGGUAUUCUAUUUUUACUUUGUAUUUUUCUUAGUAUUUCAUGCAGUGUUUUGAGCAAACAAUAACUAUAUGAAAGGUGACAAUUAAGAUAUAGGCCUACUGUGUAAUCUGAUUACUUGUUCCACUCUAGACCGAUCUAUGUCACAAAGGAUAGUCGUUCCAAUAUAUGCAAACUAAAAGUACAUGGAAAUCAGCAUCAUGUUUUGAAUAUGGCCAAAAUAUGCAAACCAAAUUUAUGUUAACUAUGAAUAAUGCUGAACAUGCCAAAGAGCUUAAAAAAAACAAAUGUUUAGAGUGGGUAUAUUUGUACUAGUAACCAUGACUAGAACUGUGUUUCAUCAGGUCUGUAAUUGAUGAGUGUUAAAAUGUAAUAAUUUUAUACCAAAUGUUUGUCAAAUGCUAUUCUUCUGUAAUUCAAGUAUUCCAUUCAAACAUUUAUUUUCUUCCAAUUUUCAUUUUUUUUCCAUACAAAGUGGUGCAAAAUCCAUUAUAGUACAAAACAUGAUGAAUAUGAAUACAAUAUUUACAAAUUAUAUGUAAAUAUAUGUGCAUUGCCUUAUCAUUAAUUCAAUUUAGGAUCUCAAAAAAUUCUGUUGAAAUGCAGUAUAUUGUGGGUUUGAUAAGGUGCUGGUAACUCCUUGAUAAGACCUUUUACAGACCAAAACGCUCUAGGAAUGUUUUCAUGAUAGUUGUUAGCAUGGCGAAUAACCAUCAUUUCUGGCAAUUUCCUUGGUUUUAUUGAUAGGCUUCUACUUUCUAUUUAUUCAAAUCAACUUAUUGUUGGGGUAAACUUAGCCAUGGACAGACAAAUAUGUAAAAAAUCUAUAUUUUCAAUAAAUUAUGAGGGAAAAACAUAAAAUAUUACUCUGUGAAAAACAAUUUACUGUGAAUAUUUUCCACUCAACUAUAUGACUUGUUACAAAUUAAAGAGUUUCUUUUCUUGGUAUGUUAGAGAAUUAUUAGCCCCCAAAUUCAUUUAAUGAAAUACAAAAGAUAGAGUGUGUGUACGACAUCAUUUGCAUAUCAUCUAUUAUGUAAAAAUAAGUGAAAUUUAAAUGUCAUAUCUGUUAUGGUUUUUUUUACUUCUAAUUUUGAUGAAAUUUUCAUUGUUACUCUUGUUUCAUUUUUCUAUACUAAUUCAAAUAAGAUUUUUGUUGGUAUGAACUUACCCAGUAAAAAAUAUUAUCGUAUUUGUUUUAUUUUACCUUGGUCACACAAUACAUACUGUACAGUGUACACUUCAUGUGUUUCUAUUUCAGCAUAGAAUAUGAAUUGAUUGUACAAUAAAAUACAUUACUAGUACUUAGCAUUAUAUGCCUAUAUGUAAAGCGAAAUCAAAUUCUAAUUGUAUAUACUACUUCUGUGUAAAAUUGUAUAUAGUUGGUAGCUAUUCUGUGUAUUUAAAAUGAUAUUUAUUAUAAUAAUUUGACGGUUGGAAUGUUAUAUGCGUAAAUAUAUAUGAACAGUGGGGUUUAGCUUAUAAUAUCAAGUUGUAAAUAAUAUGGACAUCAUCUCAAUGUUCAAAACAUCACUGUAUGUUUAUGAAUUGAUUUUUAUUUGAAAUGUACUAAAAUAUUGGCAGCCUUGAAAGUGAUUUUUGUUAUUAAAUAAUUACACCAAUUGUGAAUCCAUUUAGAUUACCUCCUUGUCCUUUUCAAUUUCCUUUCACAUAAAGUGGGCCAAAAUCAUUUUUUUUGUAUUGGUGUAAGGUGUCAAGUUUAACACCAAAUGUUUUCAAUUUUCUUGCAUGUAAUGUGGUCAUAAAAAUAUAUGGUAUUGGUAUAAGGUGUCUUUCUUGGUGUUAAACUGAACACCAGAUAAUUUCAAGUUCCUUUAACAUAGUGUGGGCAAAUUCUAAGAGGUAUUAUCAUGAUUAUGGUGUGGGUGUAAGGUGUCUGUCGUGGUGUCAAGUUUAACACCAAAUAUUUUAAACUUCCUUGCACUUAAUUUUGGGCCAAAUUCAUACAAUUCAUCAAACAUUUGUAUCUAGUCUUUUUAUUUUACCUUACAAGUCCAAAUUCGGGCAAUAUGAAGAAGGAUUAUUCUUUCAGAUAAGUUAAUUAUAUCAUGUUUAAUUUUUGAAGACCAACUUACUAUUUUGGCUAUUUUCAGAGAACCUUCCUUGAUGAACUGUUGUUGGUUUGGGGGCUGCUGGUCACUUAAUUAUAAUUGUGAAUUUGCACUUUAUUGCUGGUCCUUUCUUGCAAGCAACAAAGUACACAAUGAUGGGAUAUAAUUAAAAUUUAUCUUAUCAGUUGAACAUUUUUUAAAUUAACAUUUGAUGGUUUGUUACUUUCUUGCAAGAACCAUUAGUCCAUUUUUUUCAAUGCUGUGGGAAUUAAAAGGUAGUUUGAUUAUAAAAUGGAUUUGAUAUAAUAAUAAGUGUAGAAUUUCAGAUGCCCAUUAAAUAGUUUUAGUGCUAUCACUUUUGGCCUUGCAAAAGACAUAAAUCUAGCAUUUCAUAGAAGUAUGGACUAAAAUCCUCAUUUAACACCGGGGGGGGCGGUCAAUUUAGAGAAUAUUUGGUGGGUAAGGUGAGGUGUUGUCAGAUAGUUAUAGAAAAAGACCAAUAUAUUGUUCCCAUUCGAUAUAAACAAAGAAAAAUGUUAUCCCGGUAUGUUUUCAAAUGAGUGAUUUCAAGUCUGGUGUUGGAAGCACAAUUUGGAUUGCUUCCCCGAGCUCCAAAACCUAUUCUGAGUUUGUAAAACUGAACCAGGUCACAAUAUUGGCACUUCAACAACUAGUGAGUGACUUUUCAGGACCAUCUGAUCUUCAUUUUGUGUUUGGUGUUUUACUCCUUUUUAAAAAUUGACCUAACA